UUUCGCCACUGAACUGCUGACUACAGAGCGCGUCCUCUGCCGGCGAGAAGCCUGCAAAGGCAGUGGCGGCGGCGGCGGCGGCGGCGGCGGCGGCGGCGGCAGAAGCAGGAGCAGCAGCGGCCGCCGCCACAGCAGCUUCCAGACUCCAGGGAAAUGGAAUGAUGAAGGGGAGGAGAGAAAGGGGGGCGGGUUCUCCAGCGAGGCGGAGCAAUACGUGCAGGCGUCUUCCCUCCUAGCUUCUCUUCCCAUUGAGUCACGGCGCGCUGCGAGCCCUGUUCGGGCGAUUUUUACCUACCGAAGCCUGAGGAGAGCGAAGAGACUGUGGCGGGCGUUCCAGUUAGAACGCUGGAGCAAAGAGUAGACUUCUCCCGGGGCUGCAACGUUCCAAAGAAAGAUAAGGUCGCCUGUAGUCGGGGGAGCAGCCGCAGGCAGGGGGAGGGGGGCGCUUUCCCACCGACGGAUCAGCUUUUUGCAGCCCUUGUUGAGCGAGGGCGAAGAAUAGAGAUAACUGGGACCGAAAAAAUGAAUCGGAGUUUUAAUAAAUCUCAAAGUCUGCGGUUUUUCGAUUGCAACGCAGUGGAAGUCAAGAGUAAGUUUGGGGCCGAGUUUCGAAGAUUUUCUUUGGACCGUUAUAAGCCUGGAAAGUUUGAAGACUUCUACAAGCUCAUUCUUCAUAUCCAUCACAUCUCAAACAUGGACGUGAUGAUUGGGUAUGCCGAUGUUCACGGUGACCUGCUGCCCAUCAAUAAUGAUGACAACUUCUUCAAGGCUGUCUCAAGUGCAAAUCCGCUGCUCAGAGUCUUCAUUCAAAGACAAGAAGAAGUAGACUACUGUAACUUUGGGAGCAGCACAUUAACCAGGAAGAAGAAGGUCCUGGUCACCCUUCGCAACGAUAACCUCCGCCGGCGUCCUCACCUCAACAUCAGCAUGCCCCAUGACUUCCGACCGGUGUCUUCCAUCAUCGAUGUGGACAUCCUUCCCGAAACCCACAGGAGGGUCCGGCUGUAUCGACACGGCUGUGAGAAACCGCUUGGCUUUUAUAUUCGCGAUGGGACCAGCGUGCGCGUGACACCCCACGGGCUAGAGAAAGUUCCGGCCAUCUUCAUUUCCCGCAUGGUCCCCGGCGGCCUCGCCGAGAGCACCGGGCUGCUGGCUGUCAACGAUGAAGUCUUAGAAGUGAAUGGGAUUGAAGUGGCUGGCAAGACCCUUGACCAGGUCACAGAUAUGAUGAUUGCCAACAGCCAUAAUCUCAUUAUCACUGUUAAACCGGCCAACCAAAGGAACAAUAUUAUCCGUAGCAGCCGGAUGUCUGGUAGCUCGGGUCAGUCAACAGACAGUACAGCCAGUCACCAUAGCUUGCCUUCCUCCCACGUCCUACAGAACUUCCACCCGGAUGAAAUGGAGAGUGACGAAGAGACCGACAUUGUCAUCGAAGGAGCCCUGGAGCCCCAGCAUAUCUCCAAAACACCAAGUUUGCCUUCAGGUAGCCUUUCACGGGUCAAUGGCACCAACUUUAGCCACAGACUACAGCGGGAUCUCACGCUUAACAACUCCAGUCGAGAAAGCAAAGACGCUAUCAACAAGCUACUGAGUACCAUAAAAUCAGAUCCACGUCAGAGUCUGGUCAUUCCUCGAGGAGGAAUUGAGGAGGACGGAACAGUGAUCACGCUUUAGUGUUCUCAAUUGCGUGUGUGCGUGUGUCAUCUGAAAGGACAGAAAUGACUAGCACCGCACACCCAGGACAAAGGACCUAUAGCUUACAAACUUCACGGGUGGAAGGAAAAAGAACUUGAAGAGAACAAUCUCAUUGAUUAUAUGCAUAAGGGUCACAUACAAGAAUAUCGAGGGAGAAAUAACACAGAAAAUAGCUAUCCCCGCUUAAAAAAUAAGGAGAAACCCAAUUGUAUAUUUCUUUUCUUUUUUUUUGUCUUUAUUCCAUUUCCUUUUCCGGUUUUGCACGGUUCUUUCAAAGGUAUAGGUUGGAAAAUAGAAGUGUUCUGUAAUUAUAAUGACUGCAAAAUGCAUAUAAAUUAUAUUUAUAUUAAUACUUAUGUGUAAAAACCAGCCCAUUUGCAAAUCAAGUUUUAUCAUGUCCAAAUGGCAAUAAAAGCCUUAUCCAGAACUUUUAAAA